GAGUUUAAACUUUGCCACUUGGGUCAGGGAAUCACAACAGAGGAGGAGGAGGAGGAGGGUGAAGGCCAAGCUUGUUGUCCACCACGCUCAUCUGUGCUCAGAGAGAGUUGAGAGGACGAUCCAUGGCAUCUCACUCAGCCAUGGCCCCCAGCGUGGGCAGCCUCGAGAGCCUGGACCUGCUGGAUCUCCUCUUUGACCACCAGGACGGGAUCCUGCGUGGGCUGGAUCUGGGGACGCCACCAGGAGUCUGGCCCCAGGACAGGCGUGCCCCGGACAGUGACGACUUCCUGAGCUCCAUCCUGGGCUCCAGGGACUCAGUGUCAGACUCGUCCAGCUGGUCCCCAGCCACCAGUGACAGCGGCGUGUCCGAGGACGCCCCCUCUGACCAGCACGACAGCCCCCCCAGGAGCUGUGAGGGGGGUCCCCGAGAGGUUCUGAACCCCUACACCGACCCCUGCAGGCCCCAGCCCCUCCCAGCGGGGUCUGGGGUCCUGCAGCCCGAGGUCUCCAUCGACCUGGACAUUUGGCACCCUGGGUUCUUCCUGGAGGAGAGCCAGGACCUGCCCAUGGUCACCCCACCUGAAUCCUGUGCCCUCACUGUCAAGGACCUGCUGCUCUCGGGCAGCUCUGACAACCAGCCACAGGCUCCUGGCUCCCUGCUCCGGCCGAGCCAGGGCCACUUCCAGGAGCUGGUGCUGACGGAGGACGAGAAGAAGCUGCUGGCAAAGGAAGGGCUGACCCUGCCCACGCAGCUGCCCCUCACCAAGUACGAAGAGCGGGUGCUGAAGAAGAUCAGGAGGAAGAUCCGGAACAAGCAAUCGGCUCAGGAGAGCCGCAAGAAGAAGAAGGAAUACAUUGAUGGGCUGGAGAGCAGGAUGUCAGCGUGCACGGCUCAGAACCAGGAGCUGCAGAGGAAAGUCCUGCACCUGGAGAAGCAGAACUCGUCCCUCCUGGAGCAGCUGAAGAAGCUCCAGGCCGUGGUGGUUCAGUCGAGCAACAAGGCAGCACAGACAGGGACGUGCCUGGCGGUCCGGCUGCUCUGGGCUGUGCUGAGCCGACCCAGAGCUGUGACAGACCCUCAGGGCCCUGGCCCAGGCCCUGACUCUCCGUGGGGCUCAGUUUUCUCCAGGUCCCUGCACAACGCCGCCGCCUCCCGCGUGGUUCACACCCAUCCCCAGCCCCAGGGCGGGGAGGAGAAGCCUCCGGAGGCCCUGGAGGAGAUCCCCGAGACCCUGCACGAGGCUUUUGGGGGCACAUUCUCCACACACCCGGCCAAAGGCUCCCUCCAGAACGAUACACGGGCAUCGAUCAGCGAGGGGCUGAGCCAUGAGGACGGGGACCGGGCCCAUGCUGUGCCAGGGGAUGACACCGUGCCACACCCGGGGCUGGCACCCCUGGGCUGGUCCGAGCCUGGGCACGGCCGGCCCGCGGUGCUGGAGCCGGCAGAGGAGCUUUAGCAGAGCAGGGAGCACGGGGGUGCCACGGGGUCACAGCACCUCAUCCCCUACAGGACAAACCCUCGGGGGACUCCUCCAGGAUCUGCCCCCGGAUGCUGGACCUGCAUGGCUUUGCUUGGAUUCUGUGGACUGGGAAGAGGAGAAGGAUUCCCACUGGCCUUACUGGGAGGGAAGGGGCUGCUCCUGCCCCCCUGGAACGGUGGGAGCUGUGGAAGGGACAUGGGGUGACUCAGGAUGGAGCUGAAGAAGCAAGAGGGGCCCUGGCCUGGUUGGCUGCUGAUGGUGGAACUGGUUGGUUUUGUUCUUGGUUUUGUUUUGGUUUUUGGUUUUUGAAUUUUAUUUUCAUCU